AUGUCUCAUCUUGAAGAAAUAUCUGAUUCUGGAAUUGAAAUGAUGGCUGAAAGUGGCACAGUUGCAGUACUUUUACCAUCAACUGCUUUUAUUUUGCGACUUCAACCACCACCGGCAAGAAAAAUGAUUGAAAAAAGUGAGAGAUUGCUCAGAUUAAUCGAAUAAGCAAUAAUUUGGUGAUUUUUUCCAGAUGUGAUUGUUGCUUUGGGAUCAGAUUUCAAUCCGAAUGCUUAUUGUUUAGCAAUGCCAAUGAUUAUGCAUUUUGGUGAGUUUUGGGUGAGGGAAAAUAGCGCCUGAACAACUCGGGAAUAUCAUUCAGACCAUCUAAAAUCUUCUCGUACUUUUGAUUUCAGUAAAUGUUUUUCCAGCUUGUGUCACGAUGAAACUUUCAAUGCCAGAAGCUCUCGUUGCUGCUACUCUCAAUUCGGCUCAUUCUUUGGGACGUGGCAAAACACACGGUGCUAUUUCGGUUGGACGAAAUGCUGAUUUUUUGAUUUUAGACGCCAAUUCAUGGGAACAUGUGAUUUACAGGUGAACAAAUUAGAUUUGGUAUUUUUGGGGAAACAUUUGAAUAUGGGUUGUUUUGGAGAACUACAGUAAUCUUGGAUUUUUGCGCCCAGUCACAGUCUUUUCCUAAAAAUAUGAUGGCUGUGAUUUAUAGUGUCCAAAACAUCUAGAAGUAUUGUCAAAAACCAAGUCUUCAGACUUAAAAGUUUUUAAUGCCAGAACCAGAUUUCAAAAAUUCCACCCAAUUCCUAAAACUCUUUGAAUAUGUUUCAGAAUAGCUGCGCAUCAAGACAUUAUUCAACACGUUUUCAAAAAUGGAAAACAAGUGAUCAUUCACCAAGAAAAGUGA